GAAACCUGCAUGUUGGGUUUGGGAAGCUUGAGAAGUGCCCAGCCUGCUCCACAUGGACAAGUGCUGUUCCGUCACCUGGGAUGCAGGUGGCCUUUGUUGGCUGCUGUCCCCAGCAGGGCUCUGCUGUGUAAUCUCCACAUGGCAGCUGUAAUUCACACCAGAAUCCACUCCCUCUAACGCAUAUUGGCACACCCAUGUAUGGCGGGAUAAGUUGUGCCCCUCAUUCCAGAAGAGGUCUGGAUGUAUUGAAAUGCCAUGGAAAAAACCCCAGCCUAUUGUAAUGUACAGGUUCCACUCCCAUAAACAGCCCCAAGGCCAUGGGUCCCCCUGCAGCCUCCCAUCUUCUCCCCAACAAAUCCUGCUGCAGCCGCUCACCCACAGCACAGCCGGUGCCGAGGGCAGAGUGGGCAGGAGGGGAAGCUGGUUUGGCCACAGGUCCCAUGGGGACCCAAGUGGCCAUCACCCCUGCUCUCUGCUGUCUGCCCCUGUGGCCCCCGCCUGGUCCCAGUGACACCAGAGCCAUCCCCAGCUCUGACCACUGGGAUGGAGCCCCCUUGUAGCCCUGGACCCUGCUGUGGGGUGUCGGUGUGGGGACAGUGAGGAGAGGUUGCCCCAACCCCAGGUGUGCCUGAGGGCCCUGUCAGGGGCUGCCUCUCCCAGCUGGGUGCAGUGGGAUGCACGCCAGAGGCUGGAGGACUCCCACCGCUGGCAGGAAGGACCGGUGUGUAAACGGGGAGGGUGAUCAAGCUCUUCUCCCAGGGACAGCUCGCCAGCGUGAAGCACUGCCCCGGCUGGGAGUGGAGGUCUGUGGUUGCCACCCUGGGCAGAGGGACCUGCCACUGCUGCUUCCCCCAGCUCCUCGUGGGGCUGGGAGACUGCGGGGCUGCUGGAGGAGGCUGGGCAGGGGCCAGGAGUGCCUUCCCUCAAUCUUUCUCUUCAGGGCUGCUCUCAACCCUUUUGCUGCCCAGCCUAGAGUUGUUCUUGGAAUGGACUAAGGUGCAAGCCCUUGCGCUUGGCCUGGCUGAACUUCAUGAGGUUCACACGGGCCUACCUCUCAAGCCUGUCCGGGUUCCUCUGAAUGGAGUCCCUUCCCUCCAGCAUGUCAACCGCGCCACACAGCUUGGUGUCGUCAGGUGAGGGUGCAGUUGCUGAAGGUACACUCAGUCCCACUGUCCAUGUGUCCAACAGCGCUUCUCCCAGUACUGACCCCUGAGGAACACCACUCAUCACUGGUCACCAUUUGGACAUCGAGCUGUUAACUGUGGCCAUCCAGCCAGUGCUCCAUCCCCUGAGUGGUCCAUCUGUCAAAUCCAUGUCUUUCCAAUGCAGAGGGUAGGAUGUUGUGUGGGACAGUGUCAACUGCUUUGCAUAAAUCCAGGGAAAUGACGUCUGUUGCUCUCUGCUUAUCUACCAAGGCUGUAAGACCACUGGAAAGGUCCACCAAAUUUGUCAGGUGCCAAGCCUCCAUGGGGAAAACAAGCGAGUCAGCUGGCCCUGACUGCCACAGCAACAAGGAUAAACAAGAGCAUCUCGCACUCAACAGGAUGUUGGCUCUGCUCCACCCCAAACCACCACACUUCCUAGAAAGAAUAUGGAACUUAACCACUGAUAAGAGGAUACAUAGAUUUUGGAGAGACAACAUUAGGACACCCUUUCAAAUGCUGCCAUUUGAUGUGGCUUAAGAGUGUGUGUUUGAAUCCGUAACGCAGGAGAAACGUUUUCCUCAGUACACGAGUUGACCGGAUCCACUGUACACCUGCUCCAGAGCGGUGGUUCUUUGCAGUACUAGGGUCCACCUGGACGCAUUUGCCUUGAACCCAGGAUGGAGCACCUUGGUUCUGUGUUCUUUGCCCCUGGUUCACUCAGCAAGUUAGGAACGUGGACAGUGGAUAACAGACCAUGCCACAGGACCACAGAAGAGCUCAGGUCCAAAGGAGCCUUGGGAGGCCUCUGGUCCAACCUCCUGCCCAAAGCAGGUGCUCAACACCCUUUGGCAGAGCUGUCACCAGGGAGGAGGAGCAGCUUCUCAGCCUCAGCUCUCCCCAUCCUGCCGUGGAGCACAAACAUGGCCACCCAGACAGAGUGGAGCUGCCCCAUCUGCUGCGGUACUGAAGAUGGCAUCGCCCAUGUGACCCCCUGUCACCACCAGUUCUGCCUGGGAUGCAUCAUACGGUGGGCAGAAAGGACAUCAAAUUGCCCACUCUGUCGAAGACCCAUCGAGGAGGUCAAGUUCUCCAUGCGGGGAGAAGACGACUAUCUCAAGUGUGUCCUCGCGUCCUCAGAAGAGUCACCACAGGACAACAGCCAAGCAGGCAGAAGAGCUCCCAGAUUCCCAACCAACAGCAGCCUCCAUCAGGCUGCUCCAUCCCCUCCGUCCUCUCCACAGGAGCCGGUGUUCCAGGAGGAGCAGGGGGCCGCUGGGACAGAGGCCAGGGAUACCAGGAGUGGCCUCCUGCCCAAUGUCUGGGCAGAACUUUUCCGGCGAUACAAGCCUCUCCUCAACCCUGUGCUGCCCUGGCUUCGUCGGCAGCUGGAGGCAAUCUUUGGGGAGCAGUGGUGGCUGGCCGCUGGAGCAGAAAGCCUGUUCCUGCACACCCUGUGCUUCCACGGGCUGGAUGAGGAGGCCAUUGUCCAGCAAAUGGAGCCUAGCCUGGGAGCACAUGCAGAAGCACUGGUCCAUGACUUCAUCACCGUCAUCAUGCGUCGGUGCAGUGUGGGGGCCUGGAGGAUACUGCACUACCUUGCUGCUGGGGAGCAGGAUGACAGCCAUCCAGCCAACUCCAGCUCCAGCAGCUCCAGCUCCACCAGCUUCAGUAGCUCCCAAGAGGAGACUUCCAGUCCCCACCCAGCCUCCUCCAGCAGCCCUGCAGACUCUCAAGUGCACCCCAGCACGUUGGAGGCCGCUCUGCAGAGGGCUUUCCGCCGCCCUCCAUCCAUGCCUGUCCCUGUGGAGCAGGAGCAGCCCCAGGAAGAGCCGGAGGAGGCGGUGGCAGGUCCCUCUGCCCAGGGCCGCAGCUCCAGACCCUCCGCUCCCAGCCGGGGCAGGGGCCGCUCACGCAGGGGGCCUCGGCGGCCCCCAGAAAGAAGGGCCUCCAGCCCUCAGGACUGUCCCCAGCCCCCCAAGAGGCCGCCCCGCCGGCGGCACUAGCUGGGGAUCCAGCAGCCCUGCAUUCCGGACAAAGGAAAUAAAAUUCCAUUUCCCUGA